AUGGUGCCCUCCGACUCCGGUCCGACCGAGAGGUCUGGGUUAGCCUUGAAAUUUCAGGAUGAUCAUGUUCUCGCUGCAAUCAACGAUGCUGACGGUCGCCCGCAAAGUCAAUCCAGUGUGGAGGGAGACCAUGAUUCCUGGCGAGUUGAUUCUGCACCUUCCGUUUUGAUGCCGCUGUCGCCCCUGCCCUCCCUGCAGAUUCGCACCGAUUUCCCAACUUCGCGCCCCGUCAGCUCGCAUCGUGAUAACGAUCCUCUUGCCGCACUCAGCGUAUCAUCCGGUAGCUUUCCACAGCGCACUCCAAGCUUGCGCGCCCUGAUCGCUCCGCCUAUCUCUAGUGCAGGGUCCUUAUCUCCCGCCUCAUUCAUAUCGUCGCCACAACUGAACGCCAUGGGCGACAUUACCCCGCUACCUUCGCCUAUCGGCGGGGCAUCACCUUGGCGCCGCGGCGAACCGUCACUAUCGCGAACCUCUUCUACCGCUUCGCGCAGUGGUUCUAGUCUGCGGCUGAGUGACUCCUCGCAAAUGCUAGGCCUUCCUCCCUCGCGGCCGCACGGGAAAUCAUAUACCGGGCUGAACGAUUUAGGCGAGGAAUCGCCAAUCGUAAAUCGUACCCGUUAUCGAUCACCUUCAAAACAUGUUCGCAACCGCAGUCUCAGUGACUAUGCGCCAGCGGGACGAGUCUCUUUACCCCGCCCUAUCGCCGUUUCGGGGACUGGUCCAAAUAUCGCACCAUCAUCAAGCACCGACUCAAAGUCAACGGGCCUGCAUCGCGAGCAGUACUUGGCCGUCCACCGGGGCAUUACCUUGCCCUCUGUCCGCCCUCCAAGCCCACCCCGCAGCAGUGGAAGUGGGUAUGGGGACAGCGACACAGAGCCUGUCAUUACGCACUCGCCGCUUCUGUCGGCUUCGGAUGAGAUUUACCCAGUCCGGUCGAUCCGUACCCAGCAAGCGCGCAUAUACCGGAAACUUCGAGUUCUUGGACAAGGUACAUUUAGUCAAGUCAGUCUCGCAGCGCGUGUUGAACAACCAAUCCAGACGCCCUUGUCCCCAUCGGCUGAUGGAUAUGCCGGCAUGGGUCCGCCUGUGGCUACGCAGAAGCUGGUAGCGGUCAAAGUCAUUGAGCAUGGUCCUGCUGGAGGAGCAGACCAAGAACGGCUGGAAGUCUCAUUGAAGCGAGAAGUGGACAUCCUGAAGUCGGUAAAUCACCCUUCAUUGGUCCAGUUGAAAGCAUUUGGCAGCGACGAUAAACGCGCCCUGCUGGUUCUGGACUAUUGUCCUGGUGGCGAUCUCUUCGAGUAUGCGACCUCCGGCGCUCGGUCCUCAUCGCCCAGCCUCAUCCGCCGCAUUUUUGCGGAGCUAGUCAGUGCCGUUCGCUAUUUACAUUCCCAUUACAUUGUGCAUCGGGAUAUUAAAUUAGAGAAUGUACUGCUCACCAUGCCAAUCCAUGCUAUGGAUGAUGUCAAAGACUGGCGUACCUAUGACCGUGCAGUUGUCACACUCAGUGACUUGGGACUGUCACGACGCAUCCCAGAACCCCCCGAAUGCCCGCUUCUUCAGACCAGAUGUGGUAGCGAGGACUAUGCGGCCCCUGAGAUCCUCAUGGGUCAGUCUUACGACGGUCGUGCAACUGAUGCCUGGGCCCUGGGUGUCCUAUUAUACGCCAUCAUGGAGAACCGUUUGCCCUUCGAUGUUCUUCCUGGUACUCGUGGCGAUCCCGCCAAACACCGUGCCCGAACUCCUCAUCGUAUCGCACGUUGUGAAUGGGGUUGGUAUCGGUAUGCCGAUGCGGAUGAAGAAUGGGACCCUGAAAAGGGUCGCGACCUAGAAGGCGCACGGGAUUGCGUGGAGGGACUUCUCAAGCGCAACACCCGUCGCAAAACACUUGAUGAGAUUGCCGCCAUGCCGUGGGUCCAGGAUGCCAUCGAUGUCCCAGAUGGACUGAAACGAGGCGACAAAGAAGUGCCGUAG